AUGCCAGAGAAGGUGCUAGGUCCAGAGCAUCCUGAUGUCGCCACGGUGCUCGAGAUCCGGGCGUUGUUGCUGCCUAAUCAGGUGUGGCUCGGCCUCAAUGUACUUGCCAUGGCAUGCAGUACGACUGAAAGCCAGGGCAAGUAUGAAGAGGCUGAGCCACUGUACGAUCGGUCACAGGCCACACCAGAGAAGGUGCUAGGUCCAGAGCAUCCUGACGUGGCCACGGUGCUCAAGAACAAGCGUUAUUGUUGGCUAAUCAGGUGGUGUAAGACUGAACGACAGGGCAAGUACGAAGAGGCUGAGCCACUCUACGAGCGGUCACAGGCCACACCAGAGAAGGUGCUAGGUCCAGAGCAUCCUGAUGUCGCCACGGUGCUCAAGAACAAGCGUUGUUGUUGGCUAAUCAGGUGUAAGACUGAAAGCCAGGGCAAGUACGAAGAGGCUGAGCCACUCUACGAGCGGUCACAGGCCAUAACAGAGAAGGUGCUAGGUCCAGAGCAUCCUGAUGUGGCCACGGUGCUCGAGAACCGGGCGUUAAUUGUUGGCUAA